AUGGCGGCGAUGAAGGCAGGGCAGGCGGAGCCGGGGACCGAUGCAAUGGAGACGGCCGUGCGAUUGCUGGUAGAUGUCGCGGCGACCGACGAGGAGGAAGCGGCGUCGAUCGACGAGGAGGAGGUGGCAACGAAAGACGGUGGGGAGCUUCCUCGCGUGUCGCCGGAGAGGGAGAAGAAGAACGAGGGCGAGGACGACGACGACGGGACUCUCUACUCGCCGAGGACGAGGAAGAAGAAGAAGAAGAAGUGGAAGCCAAAUCUCGGAGUCGGAAUCAACCGCCGUCGUGAAGCGCAAGUAGGGAGGAAUCCGUCGGAUUGCGACGCGAGAAGCCGAAGUCGGCUUUCCGUCGCCUGGUGCGCUGCUCGCCGCCGGGAAUGGUGUCGAAGAUGCAGCUGA